AUGAGAAGCCUCUGCACAGCAAAGAAACCUCUCCUCUAUUCGCAACCUCCUCCCCGCCACCACCACUUCCUCCUCCUCCUCCUCCUCUUUCUCACAGUUAUCUUCCUCCUCUAUCCUCGGCCACUACCUCCACAGCGCCCCAUCCAGCCCCCUGACCUCUCCCACUGCCUCCUCAUCUCUAUCAACACUCCCUCUUCCCCUCCCCUCAACUGCUGCGCUCUCAGUUUAGUCUCCUCUGAUCUCCAAAUCCUCAACUUCACAUUCCCUCUCCCUUCUUCUCCUCUCCGCAUCCGCCCCGCCGCUCACCUCGUCGAUUCCCGCUACAUUUCCCAGUACUCCAAAGCCGUUCAGUUAAUGAAAGACCUUCCCAAAAGCGACCCACGUAACUUUUUUCAACAAGCAAAUAUUCACUGUGCUUAUUGCAAUGGCGCGUAUGACCAGCUCGGUUUCUCUAAUCUCCAACUUCUUAUUCAUAACUCCUGGCUGUUUUUUCCGUGGCAUAGAAUUUACUUGUAUUUCCAUGAACGUAUACUUGCGAAGCUCAUUGGAGACGACUCCUUUGCUCUGCCUUUUUGGAAUUGGGAUUCUCCGGACGGCAUGCGAAUACCCUCUAUGUACCUAAAUAAUUUUUUCUUUAAUAUUUCUUCUUCUUCUUCUUCUUCGCUUUAUCAUCCAAAUAGAGACCCUUCCCACCAGCCGCCGGUAAUGGUGGAUCUCAAUUUCCUUCAAGUUGGAAGUGAUCAGGCCGUCGUAUAUCCUAGUGUGGAUGACAAUCUCAGGAUCAUGUACAGACAGAUGAUGGAGAACGGGGCAACCACGGAGCUGUUCUUAGGCUCCGCAUUUCGAGCAGGAGAGCAACCAGAACCCGGUCCAGGGUCAGUGGAAGUCAUUCCACACAACACGCUUCAUGACUGGACCGGCGACCCGCGGAAGCAGAACAGGGAGGACAUGGGAGCUUUCUGUUAA